ACCCACUACUACUCAGAUCUCAAUCAGCCCCGUAAUAAGGCUUACGUAGAACUUGAGGAAAAACUUUCCCUGCCAUGCCUCGUAGUAAUGCUGCUUAAACGAAAAAAAUGGGAGACAAAUACGAGAGGGGUCCGUUAAUACGCAGGAGAAGAACGACCAUCUCUGAUACCCCAUCAGCACCACCGUCUUCAGCGGCGAAUUCCAAGCAAGCCAACGGGAGUAAACCACCAGGUAUUCUUGGCGAAGCGUCCACUGUGAACCAUGACAGCAGCCCAACCAAGGUGCGGGACGCCACGACACCACGCAAAGACAAAAGCUCCACUGAUGCCAUCAAGGAGAGGCUCAGAUGUCAUACUCCUCAGGAGUCCCUGCUCAGCUCCGCCAGUGGCUACAACAACUACAGGGGGAUCCUGAACUGGUGUGUGGUGAUGCUGGUUUUGAGCAAUGCACGCCUUUUCCUGGAGAACCUUAUCAAGUAUGGGAUACUGGUGGAUCCGAUACAGGUGGUUUCCUUGUUUCUUAAGGACCCCUACAGCUGGCCUGCAGCGUGCCUUGUCAUUGCCGCCAACGUCUUCAUAAUGGCAGCUUUGUACACGGAGCGGAGGCUAUCUGUGGGUACUAUCUCAGAAGGGACCGGAACAUUCCUCUACAUCAUCAAUCUGGCAGCCGUGUUGAUCUUGCCUUCGGCUACUGUGUUGUCCGUUACCUCCAUGACACCAGUGGGAGGAGUCUUCUCUCUGGGUGUCUACACAGUGCUCUUGCUGAAGCUCUACUCCUAUAAGGACGUGAACAUGUGGAGCCGCGAGAUUAGGCAGGCCAAGGCCCGCACCCUGCCCCGAUCACAGUCCUGUCCAUCUGUGCACAAAGCCAACGGGACCACGGCACAUGCCCAGGUGACAUACCCAGGCAAUCUUACCCACCGAGAUUUGUACUACUUUGUGUUUGCACCAACACUGUGCUACGAGCUCAACUUUCCCCGGUCGCCUCGGAUACGUUUGAGGUUCCUCAUGAGAAGGCUGUUUGAAAUGCUUUUCUUCAUACAACUGCUGGUGGGACUGAUACAACAGUGGAUGGUCCCCACCAUUACAAACUCCAUGAAGCCUUUUCAGGACAUGGAAAUCUCAAGGAUGAUGGAGCGACUGCUGAAGCUCGCAGUCCCUAAUCAUUUCAUCUGGCUGAUCUUUUUUUAUUGGUUUUUCCACUCCUCCAUGAACUUUGUGGCAGAGCUGAUGCAGUUUGGCGAUCGCGAGUUUUACCGAGACUGGUGGAACUCGGAAUCUGUCACAUAUUUCUGGUCUAAUUGGAACAUUCCAGUCCAUAAGUGGUGCCUCCGCCACUUUUAUAAGCCCAUGCUGCGGAGAGGUGUGAACAAGUGGCUGGCCCAGACCGCCGUCUUCCUGGUGUCCGCCUUCUUUCACGAGUAUUUAGUCAGCGUGCCUCUAAAGAUGUUCCGACUGUGGGCGUUCAUGGGCAUGAUGGCACAGAUUCCUCUGGCCUGGUUUGUGGGCCGCUUCCUGAGGGGGAACUACGGCAACGCAGCUGUCUGGAUUUCGCUCAUCAUUGGCCAGCCCAUCGCCGUGCUCAUGUACGUGCAUGACUACUACGUCCUCCACUCCCUGGAGGUGGCCGCACACCACUAGCGGAUGACAGCAAUACAGGGGUGCAUUUCUCGAAGCCAUAGUUGCUAACUGCGUUAGCUACUUUGUUGUUUGCAAUGCAAUUUCCCAUUGGCAACUACUGAGGUUGCUCACUGGCUAACAACUACGCUUUCGGGAAAUGCACCCCAGAACAGGCCGUCCGUGUCCCUCCGUCCCUCCAUGUAGGAACUUAAUGAAUGUAUUAUCAUGAACAGUAUAUUUUUUCGCAAAAGGGAAUUUGGUGGCUUGGCCCCACGUGGGAUUCUUGAUGAUGAAUUGUUGUUGUUUCUUGUUGUUUUUAUUGUACUCUAGUCAAGAGGUAUCCCCCCCCCCCACCC